GGUGGGGGCUGUCAGCUGAUUGAAAUGUAAAUAAACAAAGAGAGCAAGUCAAAAGCGAUUUCAAGUUUUUAAAUAUUCUUGUCUCUUCCUAACUCCAUUCCUAUAGAUCAUAGAUUACAUGGGGGCGUCUGUGAUAAAUCUUUAAAGUAACUUAAUUUUUAGUGGUGUUAAUUUGGAAUGUUAUUCUGAAUAACAAGCUUUCGUUACGAUGAAUAUUUUGGGUACACUUAUUUUUACUUUAUUCUUUUUCGAGAGUUAUUGCCUAUUUCCCAGAGAGUCAAUAACUAGGGAAAUAAAAUCUCUGAAUGAUAUUUGGGAUUUUAAAAUCUGUCACCAAACUAAUCAAGAUGAAGGUUUCAAACAGAAGUGGUACAAAACCUCAUUACGAAAAACAGGUGACACCAUUCCCAUGCCUGUUCCAUCCAGUUUCAAUGAUAUUACUCAAAAUAGAACUAUUAGAGAUUAUCUUGGCUGGUCGUGGUACGAAAAAACAUUCUAUGUUCCACAGAGAUGGGUUCAAAAUUACAGAGUGGUAUUAAGAUUCGAAAGUGCCCAUUAUUACUCAGUUGUUUAUUUAAAUGGAGAAAAUGUUAUGAAUCAUACUGGAGGACAUCUUCCAUUUGAAGUUGAUGUUACAAAAAAUUUACAAUUUUCAAAUCUCAACAGGAUAACAGUUGCUUUAAAUAAUACACUUUCUUUUGAUACUAUUCCUCAAGGUCAAAAAUCGUUCAAGCACAAAAAUGAUGGUCCCUAUCCACCUGGCUACUUUACACAAGGAACAAAUUUUGAUUUUUUUAACUAUGCAGGAAUUCAUCGCUCUGUUUUGUUAUAUGCAAUGCCACUUGCUUACAUCAAAGAUAUUACUAUAGUUACAGAUAUUAAAAACAAUACAGGAUAUGUUCAAUAUAUUGUGGAUACAUCUGAGACUUCGGUUGAACCAGAUUGUAAUGUGAGAGUACUCGAUCAAAACCUUUUGCCAGUUAUAACAAUCAAGGGCUGUUCAAACACCCUAUCUGUUAAAAAUCCCAAUUUAUGGUGGCCUUAUACCAUGCAUGAAGAUCCUGGUUAUAUGUAUACAUUAGAAGUCAGAGUUGCUUGGAAGAAUGUUGAAGAUAUUUAUAAUCAGCCAUUUGGAAUCCGCACUGUAAAUGUCACAAAAACAAACUUUUUAGUGAAUGGGAAACCUUUUUAUUUCAUGGGAUUUGGUAAACAUGAGGAUUCUAAUAUUCGUGGAAAAGGCCUGGAUUUGCCAAUUAUAGUUAAAGAUUUUAAUCUGAUCAAGUGGAUUGGAGCCAAUUCUUUUAGAACAUCUCAUUAUCCUUAUGCUGAAGAAGUGAUGAAUAUGGCAGAUGAACAGGGCAUAGUGGUCAUUGAUGAAUCACCUGCAGUAGCAUUAUCAUCCUUUGGUGACAAUCUACUGAAACAACACAAAGCAAUAUUGAGUGAACUUAUCCAUAGAGACAAAAAUCACCCAUCUGUCUUUGCAUGGUCUGUUGCCAAUGAACCACAAUCUUCAAAGAAAGAAGCUGACAAGUACUUUAGUGAAGUAGUGGCACAUGUAAAAGAACUAGAUCCUACUCGCCCAGUAACAGCUGCUAUAAAUGCUGAUUACCACUCUGAUAAAGCUGGAAAAUAUUUAGAUUUUGUUAUGCUGAAUCAUUACUAUGGUUGGUACAGUGAUGUUGGAGCAUUGGAUGUUAUAGAGCCUUUGCUCAUUAAUUUUAUGACCAAUGCUUUCAAAGUUUACAAAAAGCCUAUAAUGAUGUCUGAGUAUGGUGCUGAUACUGUAGCAGGAUUACAUACAGAUCCACCGUUCAUUUUCACAGAAGAUUAUCAAACUGAACUUAUGAUGCAUCACCACAAAGCAUUUGAUGUUUUAAAAUCUCAAGAUUUUUUCAUCGGAGAACAUAUAUGGAAUUUUGCUGACUUCCUAACCCUACAACAAAUAAACAGGGUUGUAGGAAACAAGAAAGGAAUUUUCACUAGAGAGAGACAACCAAAGGCAUCAGCUAAAUUAUUGAGGUGCAGAUAUCAUGGACUGUCUAAUCGUCCAAUUAUUGGCAGUAUUGCUUACUGUCCUAUACAGGAUGCAGACUUUUGAACUGUUAAUACUUAAAAAAUCAUUUUUAAUAACCAAGAUUUAGUUGAUAGUUUUUUUACUGAGUAAUUAAGAUUUUGUGCUUGGAAAAUCUUUCGUUAAAUUAAUUCUCUUUACCUGCUACUUAAAUAAAAAUCUUGAAUGACAAUGAUUCCAGAAAAAAAUUAUGUGCUUUGUAUUUGUUUUGCCACAAAAUCUAAAAAUUAAGAAAUUUAGCUCACUAGAUUUUCUUUAAGCAACUUAUGUGUUUGAGUUUUUUCUGAGACUUCUUUACUUUUUCUCCCCCUUGAUUACAACAAACAUGGGCAAAUUCCAGCUCUUAAAAUAGGUCAUGUGGUUACAAAGUUCACUCAUUUGUGGUUGCCUUCCCACUGGCAGUCAUAAAUAUAUAAAUUUAUGAAUUAUUCGCAAGUUAUUCUAUUGAAUGAAUUUAUUUUUUGACACUAAAAGACUGUUUUGUUUGUAUUGGAAAACAAAUUUAUCAUUACUAUAUAUAAAAAAAAUACAGAAAACUUCAGAGUGUUCAGUUAAGAUCUUCUGUAGCCAAAGGAUAAAAUAUUAUGAGGAUAUAAUCUCAGAAGAAAAAAUUAUAGAAGAGAGCAUCUUAAAGUGAAAAAAGAAUUGAUUUUUCUGGAGGAAAUUUUGUCCUAGAACCACACUGAUGAUAAUCGAAAACUUACUGUGUAAUACUUAUUGCUAAACAAUUGUACAGAUCAUUUUUAGACUUUAAAUACUUUUCGUUCUUUGCAGUGUCUUGAAAAAAAAAUAAUACUUUUCAAAAUAAAUCCUAACUCUGGUUAAUAAUCAAAAGGGCAAGGAUAUCGGGAUCAAAGGACAGGCAAGGUGAGCCUCCCUUAUAAGUUCAGGGUCAUGGACCCUGGAAAAGGUCACGGAAAAAAUUUUCAUUUUGAACAUGAACCUUGGAACUGAUAAAACAAAUAUCUGAUUGCAUAUCAGCAGGAAACAAUUUAAUUAUUACUGUCAUUUGCAAUGUUUUUUAUUAAACCAAAGUUCUAAAUGACACAAACAAUAAGUGUAUAAUAUGGAAGUGCACCAAUAUUUAUAGAACACUCUGAAUGAACAUUAUUUACUGUAGUUUUUUAAAGCUAUGAAUAAAUACAUGUAUUUUUUUCUUGUUAUUUAUUUUUUCUAAUAUUUUGAUUGCCUGAUAGUCAAUUUUUUCCAUAUUGGGCCCCUGAUAAUCUACAAGAUAUACAUUUGGUUAAAUUGACUGACUACCUCUAUAAUGAUUAUUAAAUUUUUAAAAAAAAUCUUCUGUUUAUUUCUUAGAAUAUUUUUUUGUUUUUAUCAAAGUAAUGUAUUAUGGAAUUUAAUGUAGAAAAUAUAUAAUGUAUAAAAUCACUACAUUAGCAUGGUGCAAUUUUUUGAUGUAAUUUGAAUGUAUUUUCUUUUAUAAAAAAAAUGCCAAAUAUAAUUGUGAUAACUCUUUAUUUGUGUUGCUAACAUGUUCUAGAAAUGAUGUUUUAUAUCACAGUCAGUACAAGGAAAGUGCAUGAUAUAUUAAGAUAUGUAUAUAUAUAUUUACAACAAAAUAUAUUUUAAUAAAACAUUUUUAUUUUAAUUAC